AUGAAUUUACAGGCCUUGCUUUCUGUGCUCCCCUUGGUGGUUAGCCUGGCUCAGGCUCAGGCUAUCACCCCUCAACAGCACUUCAAUCAACUGUGUCCCACCAAUGACGGCCAAGAGGUCGAGAUCCAGCCUGGCCUUUUUGCGACUUACCACUGCCGUAAGGCCGUAGCCAGCACCAUUCCUGUCACCGCCAAUACCGCGGCAGACCCGGAUGCUUGUCUUCUUGCCUGUGAGCAGAGCAGCGGAUGCGCUGGAAGCAUGUGGAGUGGCCGAAGCGGUGCAUCAUGCUAUCUCGUGCAGCAUUCCGGCGAGCCGAGUUUGCGGAACAUGGAUCGAGUGGUCUACAUGACCUACCGCAGGGCGACAGAUCCUUUUGCUGAGGAUGAAGUUGUUGACCCGUUCCCCUCGGAAUGCGAGGAUGAACUCGAAGAUUGCAAGGAAAGAGAGCAGGCACUUAACUCCCAGUUGGAAACCUGCACCUCCCAACUCACUGCGACUGAGGCUUCAGCUCGAUGCACUCGGGAUAAUGGCAAAAUUACUCGUACCCGUGGAAAGUCUUGGGAGAUACAGUGCUCCAAAGAGGCUGAGUGCUUGAAAGCUGCCCAAAAUAUUGGAACACGGGAUAACCUUCAACAGUGUAUCGAGGCUUGUGCAGACCGAUCGACCUGCAAGUUCGUAAGCUGGAAGGUGUCUGCCAAAGACUGCUGGGUCUCUGACGCAAAUCGCAAGACUGCAAACAAACAAUCCAAUUGCUUCACUCGUCGCGAAAAGGAAAAGUAUCUUGAUUCGAAAGAGAAGUCUCGCCUUGCGGAGAAGAUUGACAUUUGCCAGGUCAACCUCAACUACACUAUCUACUACCCCCUCACCGAGGAAUACAUUUCACUGUACCCGAAGACGAAUGGAAAGCCCGAUGCGAAAGACAUCAAUGCCAAUGAACCCAAGCCCCUGAUGUGGGCUAUCGUUGAGAAGUGUAUGGAAGAGAAGACAUGA